CCCUCGAGACACCUGGCAGGUUACUUUUGUUUUCUGGAGAUAAAAAAAGGAACUCUGUUGUUGUUUUCUAUCGUAGUUUGAUGGCUUGGAAGCAGUGGGGGAGGAAUGAAGACAAAACGUUCGAGCUACCUCUGGUGAUCACUGAGAAUGAUCCGAAUAGGUUUGAGACUAUGGUCACCUUUCUUGGGAUGCCGCUUGAGGUUGUGAAGCACUACUACGCCGCUUUGGUUCACGAUGUUGAACUUAUCGAAUCGGGCCGGUAUGGUACUACCGAUUAUCAAGAUUACGCAGAUGGACUCCCCUCGUUCGAGACCAAACACAUAGAGAAAGAUAAGAAGCAGAGAGGAAUACCGUGGACAGCAGAGGAGCACGGAAACUUUCUGAAGGGAUUGGUGAUGUUUGGAAGAGGAGAUUGGAAGAACAUAUCGAGAAAGCUUGUGAUGACAAGGACCUCAACGCAAGUCGCAAGCCAUGCACAAAAGCAUUUCUUGAGGCAAAAAAUGGAGAAUCAGGCAAAGAAACGCUCCAGUAUCCAUGACAUAACUUUGGUUGUUGAUGAUGAUGAUGCUGCUUAUGCCAAGGAUGUAACCGCCCCUCGAUCCGACUUGGAAGCUACGAUGGGCCAGGCACAUUUUGGUCAACAGAUGCCUCAGUUCUAG